AUGGUUGUUUUGGCUGCAUCUAUCACCACCGUCCAAGGGAACCCAAUCGUAUCCCGUCAAUUCCAUGACAUUUCAAAGGACAGAAUGUUGGAGUUACUAUCGAACUUUCAAAACUUAGUCUCAAAGGGUUCCAAAAACCAUAAUUUUAUCGAGGAUGGCCAUAUCAGGUACAUUUAUAAGCCAUUGGACGAUUUCUACAUCAUUUUAAUCACUAAUCGACAAUCCAACAUUAUCCAGGACCUGAAAACACUAGAUCUUAUGAACGAUUCCAUCAUCAACUACUUGAAUUACUCCAACGGCAAUAUCAGUGAAUGGGAAAUCUUUGAUUUAUCCUUCGAUAUCAUCACCAUAUUCGAUGAAAUUAUCAUCAAUGGGGGCUACAAAGAAAAUUUGACCACUCAACAGAUUUCCACUUAUUUAGCAAUGGAAUCUCACGAAGAGAGGAUCCAGGAAAUCAUCGAAAAAAAUAAAGAAAUCGAAGCUAAUGAGGAAAGAAAACGUCGCGCUAAAGAAAUUGCAAGAAGAGAACAGGAAAGAAAGCAAUUCGGUGGGUUAGAUUAUCCUGGCCAAUCCUUUGUCGGUAGCAAUGAUCCAAAUGUGGCAAACGCGUUGAACAGCUACUACAGUCAUGCUUCUCCAGCAGCUCAACAAUCUUACGUUAAUUCUCAACAACAACAACAACAACAACAGUUCCAAACACAAAUUUCAUCCCCUACUGAAAAUGUCACUAACCGCAUCGGUGGUAUGAAAUUGUCUCAAUCAAGAAAUAUUCACAAACCAUCAGCCUCAGGAAUGGGCAACUACCGCUCAUCUUCCACCCCUUCAAAUGUCAGUGCCACUAGACCAGAGACAGAACUACAUGUUGAAAAUAACGGUAUCUUAGUCACACUAAAGGAGUCCAUUCAAGCUCAACUUACCCGUGAUGGUGACUUACAGAACUAUGAAUUAAAAGGUUCCUUAGAUUUAAGAAUAAAUAAUGAAGAAUAUUCACAUGCACAACUGAAAUUAGUCUCUCCACCUUUAAACAUCUUAAAGGAUCGUUCUUACAAGUUUGAAACUCAUCCAAAUAUUGAUAAAGGUGCUUUCUUAUCACAAGGUAUAAUUUCUUUAAAGGAUAAAGAAAAAAAGGCAUUCCCAGCUAAUGAUCAAAGCCGUAGUGUACUAAGAUGGAAGAAAAACAUCACAAGUGAUAACAACAACAACAACAACAACUUACCAACUUUACCACUAUCUGUAAAUACCUGGGUUUCAGAAAAUGAUACAAACAUAUUUGAUGUCACCAUCGAGUUCGAAAUCAAUAAUGAUAAAAUUGAGUCCUUGGAAGAUUUGUACUUCGUUGUCCCUGUGCUACCAACCAAGGUCGAUGUUCAAUUGAAUGAGGAAUCAAAUGAAUGUGGCGCUGAAAUUACAUCCAUUAAUGAUGAAGAAGGUAUCGUUAUUAAAGUUUCUAGGAUCGAAGCUGGUUCUCAAGGAGUUAUCAAUUUCGUCGUGGAUGCCGAAUUUGAAGACGCUUUAUUCCCAAUUUCCGUUACAUUCCAUCAUAAUAACACUGAUCUAAGUAUCGCUGAUAAGACAAGUUUAAUAGGAGUCUCCGUUGGAGAAGUCAUUGACAGCCUAGACGGUACUACUUCAUUACCAUACGAUGUUAUCACUUCAUUGAAGACUGAUCAAUUCACUGUAAUGUAA